UUAAAAUAUCCAGCACUGAUUUAAAUAAAUUUCUUUACUGUAUGAUUUGAUUUGAAUUGAAUAAAGUUGUAUUAAAAUGGUUGUCACAAAAUUCUCCCUAUACCCUAUAGUCUCUCCCUAAUAUAUAGCCAUAAACCACAUAACAGUACUUUUUUCUUUAUUUCUUCUUUCUUUAUCAAGUUCCGGACAAAGUACUACAUCACAUGCUGUUUGACCAUUCCUUAUUACAUUUUCAUUUGCUGACCAAAGCAUUGUCCUCAUUCAUAAUUCACAACAUUUUCUAAACAACAAACUCAUUGCAUUGUAUAUAUUCAUAAAUAAAACCCUUCAUGCUUUACAUGCUAUACAACUCUAACUAAUAGUAACAAAAUGGAACCUAAGUUAACAAUAAAUUGUCACAGAAAUAAUGAGUUUCAUCUUCCAACAACAAACAAUGGAAGUAGUACUCGUUUGCCAGAGAGUCCAAGAAUACCAAUGGAGUUUCUUUCAAGGUCAUGGAGUGCUUCUGCAUUUGAGGUCUCUAAAGCCUUGUCACCUCAACCACCACUACCUCCUCCUCCUUCUUCUUCUUCUUCUUACUUACCUUCCAAUAAUAAGACUUCUUCUACUAACUCUAUUCCUGAAGAAACUAUUACUACUCUCUCUCAAGAAUUCUCAACCAUGUGUGCAAAUCAAUUCUCUUUUGUUUCCUCUGCUACUUCACAACUUGUCCUUGAACGUAUCAUGUCACAGUCCACAAGAGAGGAAGUAUCUCCAUUAACAUCAGGUAGAUUGUCUCAUAGCAGUGAACCAUUGAAUGGUGGUGGUUCUUUAACAGGAACUGAUAGUCCACCAAUUUCUCCUUCUGAUGAGUUUGAUGAUGUUGUUAAGUUUUUUCGAGCAAACAAUUCCAUACACCCUUUAUUUAAUGGUACAAGAGCCAUGAGCACUGGAAUUGGCAAUGCAACACCUUGUUCAGGACCUAAAACAGUAGGAAGAUGGUUGAAAGAAAGAAGAGAAAAAAAGAAAGAAGAAAACAGAAGCCAUAAUGCUCAAGUUCAUGCUGCUAUUUCUGUAGCGGCGGUUGCUUCCGCAGUUGCAGCCAUCACUGCAGCAACAGCAGCAUCAUCUGCACCAAACAAGGAUGAGAAGAUGGCUAAGACUGAUAUGGCUGUAGCUUCUGCAGCAACACUAAUUGCUGCUCAGUGUGUUGAAGCUGCUGAAGCAAUGGGAGCUGAGAGAGAACACCUUGCUUCUGUUGUUAGUUCUGCUGUUAAUGUUCGGUCGCACGAUGAUAUUACAACUCUAACUGCUGCAGCUGCAACAGCUCUAAGAGGAGCAGCAACAUUGAAAGCAAGAGCAUUGAAAGAGAUGUGGAAUAUUAAUGCAGUGACACCACUAGAGAAAAGCAAAGGAAUUGGAAUAUGUGGUGGUAAAGCCAAUAAUAACAGUAGUUCUAGCACUAGUGAUAGUGGUGGAGAAGUUAUCAAUGCAGAUAAUUUUCUAAGUGCUUGUAGCCAAGAGCUUCUUGCUAGAGGAACUGAAUUACUCAAACGCACUCGCAAAGGUGAUCUUCAUUGGAAAAUUGUUUCUGUUUAUAUACAUCGAACCGGCCAGGUGAUGCUGAAAAUGAAAAGUAGACAUGUUGCAGGAACAAUAACAAAAAAGAAAAAGAAUGUUGUGUUUGAUGUGUGCGCGAAUUUACCGGCAUGGCCAGGAAGGCAUCUAUUGGAGGAUGGUGAAAAAAGAAGGUAUUUUGGAUUGAAGACAGAAUCAAGAGGUUUAGUUGAGUUUGAAUGUAGAAAUCAAAGAGAAUAUGAUUUAUGGACUCAAGGGGUUUCAAGGCUUCUCUCCAUUGUUUCGCAGAGAAAAAACAGAAAUGGAAUCUAGCCUCUGUCGACUGAUAAACUUGUCCAAAAUUAAACUAAAUAUGUAUUUAGUUAGGUUUGUUUUUGCAUCUCUUAUAAAUUAAACUAAUGGAUUUGUAACAUUAGAAUGAGUAAUGAAGGUAC